AUGAAAGAUUUUUUAGAAGGAUUAGAUAAAGAAUUUGAUGAUGGUAAAUUGAAUUGUUAUUUGUCUAUUUUUGAAGAACAAGAAAUUCGUAUUAGUCAUCUUACAAAAUUAUCAGAUUCUGAAUAUAUUUUGAUGGUAAUCUCGGAAUUCGAAGCACGUCGGCAUUUAUUUGUAUAUGGGUUAACAACAUUCGAGACCGAAGUCUCGCUAACCAUGAUGGAUUUUCGUAACACACAUCGGAUUUUUGAAGUAGACCAUUUCAGUUUGCCAAGAGACUGGAUUGAAAUUCCAAAUUUUGUUUACUUGUAUGAAUCAUUAAUCACGUGGGCCUUAUGUGUCAAUGAAACCAGAAAUGGUUUAAUUGAACAAAGAAAAAAACGACGAAUCACUCGGUGCUCAGAAGCUCGUAUUGCGAAAAGAUUGGCACUGCCGAAAUGA